AUGGCAAGUCCAGAGAAUGUCAUGAAGAUGUCAGAGCCACGUCAGUUAAAACCUGGCAGCAUUGAGAGAGAAAGAAUUAAAAAUAUCUUGGAUGAGGUGAUCGCCAAGCUGGAGCUGAGCAGUUUGAUCCCACAGAUGCUCGACUCUCUGGACAGGUUUGCUGAUAUGCUGGGACCUGAGGUCACGAACAAACUCAUUGAGCACCAGAAGCUUUCCAAUGAAAUGAAGCGUCUGCUCUCCAGCUCUGAAGAAGAGGACACCAUGAGAGCUGAGGAACAACGAGGCCGUCUCUGCUUGCUAGAGCAACGUGUGAAACGUUCUGUUACAAGUGUCCUGAGGCUCUUGCUGGCCAACCCUUCGCUUUGCCAGGCCCUGAAACGUGAAGCCUGGGUGAGAAAUCCACCAGCUGAAGUGGUUAUCAAAGCCUUUGGGGACUUCAGGAAUUUCAUGCUUGAGAGACUCCUGGCAAGUCCCGUGGAACAGGAAGAAAAGAUUCCGUUGAUGGAAGACAUCUCCCUCCAGACUGAGAACACUGAAACAGCCACAGCUUUGCAGGCAGAGCUGGCAGCAGCAAUCCGGACUCAAGAGGAGGAGAUUCACAAGAGGGACGAAGUGAUCAAAGACCUCAAAACAUGCAUGCAAGAUCUGACCGAAGAAUGCAAGGCUUCCAUCCAGCAGAUCAAGGAGCAGGGAGAAAAACAGCAAAAAGAGGAGCUGCGAGCCUCCCAGGCCAGGUGUGCCAAGCUACAGCAGGACAUCGAGCAGCUCAGAGCACAACUUGAUGCAUCAGUGCUGGAGCAUCGAGCAUCAGAGCUGGCUCUCAGAAAGGGGAAUUGCAGAAAGGAGACGGAAUUAUGGAACUUGGUCCAGGAAUACGACACAGACAUGGCAGAGAAACAGGCUCAGUAUGAGGAGAUUCACGCUGCCUACACUGAGGAGAAGGCCCAGCUGGCUCUGCUGACCGAGAAGCAUGCUGUACUUCUUCAGGAGUAUUCCAAGAUUGAGGAAGAGCAGAAGAAGGCGGCUUUGAAGGAGUUGGCUGCUACCCGCAUCCAAGCCUUCUGGAGAGGCUACUUGGUCCGGUUGCUCUUCAAGCCAAAGAAGAAGGAGGGCAAGGGCAAGAAGAGCAAGAAAUUGUCGCGGUUUUAG